UGAUCCAUCUGUACAGUCUGUGAACGCACCACAGUCCGCCACUGUAAUGUCAUGCGCACUCCCGUUGUUUUUGGAUUUGUUGUUAUGACUGGUUGAGGCCUCGGACUAAAUUAAAAGAGGAACCCUGUCGCUGUACCCGGGCACCCGCGAUGGAGGGCAUGGACAUAGAUUUAGACCCGGAGCUUAUGCAGAAAUUUAGCUGCAUGGGCACCACUGACAAAGAUAUCUUAAUCACCGAAUUCCAAAGACUGCUGGGCUUUCAACUUAACCCAGCUGGCUGCGCCUUCUUCUUGGAUAUGACUAACUGGAAUCUUCAAGCAGCCAUUGGAGCCUACUAUGAUUUUGAGAGUCCCAACAUCACAGCACCAUCCAUGUCCUUUGUGGAGGAUGUCACUAUUGGGGAGGGAGAGUCGGUCCCACCAGACACACCUUUCACAAAAACCUGGAGAAUACAAAACACAGGCACAGAGACAUGGCCCCCGGGAGUUUGUCUAAAGUACGUCGGAGGAGAUCAGUUUGGUCACGUGAACAUCGUCAUGGUGCGCUCGCUGGAUCCGCAAGAGAUCUCUGAAGUAAGCGUACAGAUGCGCAGUCCAGUGACCCCGGGCAUGUACCAGGGCCAGUGGAGAAUGUGCACCGCCACUGGCCUAUUCUACGGAGAUGUCAUCUGGGUGAUCCUGAGCGUGGAGGUCGGGGGACUCCUUGGCGUUACCCAGCAGCUGUCUUCCUUCCAGCCAGAGUUCAACACACAGCCCCACCGCAACGUGGAGGGAGACUUCAACCCCUUCGCCUCGCCGCAGAAGAACAAGGAUGGUGGGGGCGGAGGAGGGGGAGUAGACGGCGAGCAGCAGCAGCAGCAGCAGCAGCAGCAGCAUCACCACCACCACCACCACCAUCACAGCGACGGCAGUCUAAAGGGGCCUGGUGCAGGCUGGGAGGCGGGCCCCGAGCACAUCCAGCCUGAGCAAAAUGGACUGUCACACAGCUCUGUGUCUCUAGCCACAAACAACCUGCAAAACAACUUGUCAGUAGUGACCUACAGCCAGGAUAGUCAUGGACCCUACCCCUUUGGACAGUCUUAAAUGUGGAUAUGGUCAUGGCCAAGAUGCAGAGGAACAGUGGCCUUGAUCUUACACUAUCCAACGGGAGGGGGGCAUCCCACAGAGGGUUUGGGGGUGAGGGGGGUGUAGAGGCGGAGAGUUGGAGGAGUGAGUAUCCCAGAGUUCCUACUGACAAUUUUACAAACGUGCUCCUCCUCCUGACCACUGAGCAACACGAAAAUUAUGAAGACAAGGCUGUUCUGUCCCCACCAUACAAUUCAGCCAACAUUCAACACCCAGAGUAUGCAUGUGUGAAUGCUAAUUUAAAGACGAGUGCUAUGGAUCUUUUAAAAAAAAAACGUGAGAAAAAAAAAUCUUUUUUUUUUCGUUAUUUGUUUUUGGUCUUUAUUUUUUAGGUGUCAUCACAGAGUUCAGUAGAGUCCAUAGUAUUGAAAGUGGGACUGUGUGUAUGUGGGGGUGGGGUGGGGGUGUGUCAGUGUGUGUGUGUGUGUGUGUGUGUGUGUGUGCGUGUGUGCACGCCUCCACUUGUGCAUGUGUGUGUGCAACCUGAAAGAGAUGAUAGGGAGGAAAAAGCCAUUGAGGGUAAAUUGCUUAUCGAGUGACUAGGCCUAAUUCUCAAGCUGACGUAUAACUAAUGUAACGCUUUCAUUUUUUAUUUUAUUUUUUUUUUACAUUUUUAUUGCAAUGGAGAGAAUUCAUUAUUUCAGUGACAGCAGAUUACGACUCAAGACAUUCUAAAAAUCAUAUAUUCACCCUUUGCCAUCCCGUCAGAAGCUUUGAAUCUAACCUGUCAGUAGGUGUGUGUGUGUGAGUGAGUGACAGUGAGAGAGAGUUGUUGACAUUCUGUGGUUAUUUGGUAGAGGGAGACAUUUGGCAAAAGUGCAAAUGAUAACACCUGUCAGAUAUUGCCUUUAUGGGCAGAUCGGCAAUGUUGCAGUGCCUCUUCAAAAGCUUGCAAUGAGACUGUGGUGAGAGGAUGUUGCGGGCGGUACCACAAUUGGCGUUACACUGGCUGAAUCCAUAAUAGUUCCAAGUGUUUCUGAACAUUGCAUUUGUCAACACUUAGCUUAUUGCAUUGAGUUGAAUGUAUCUGUUGUGAAUGUAAGGUGUUUGAGAAUCUCACUGUCUGAUUUGUGUUUGACAGCCCAAAGGCUGAGUUCCAAAUGCUCAGAUGUUCGUGGAUGGCAUUUAACCUGGAUGUGCUCCUAAUAUCUAUUAUUACAAUCUCUUAAAAAUUAUGUUCAUGAUUUCUGGAAAUUCUGCUGUUGUAUAAAUAUCACUAACCAAGUUUGCAAAUCGAGAUGCAGGGUAACAGAGCACCUAUUGAUUAUAAAUGACAAUGUUCCGUACAACAUUUGGCUGUAGAUGCCGUUUAUUCAUUCAGAGUUGUGAUCAGUUUCGAAUGUAAUUGUACAAGCCUAGUCUCCCAUCGCUAUGCACUGACCCAUCAAGCCCUGGACCUCAAUGGUAAACAUAAUGGCUGUUCAUUAAGGAGUAUAUGCUGUUUUUAAAAGGCCCUCAGUGUGUGCUUGGCGUCAUGUAAUCAGUCAUUUUAAAUGUGUGUGUGUCAUUGGCCACACUCUGUGGUAAACGGCUUUUUCAAAAGCCAGAAGAUUUCCUAGAUUACUGAAAGAGACCCAAGUAACGCCUUCAGGGCGCAGAUGAGGCAGGUCUGUUUUUUUCCGGUCCGUUUUUUUCCGUUCCUGUAUUGUCGCAUUUUAACUACUCUGUUUUUUUGUUUUUUUUUGGCACGCAUUCGCUAAGCUAACAUUCUUUCUCUGCAGUUCAAUUUUCUCACUCCAUUUUUUUUUUCUCGUCUUUCCUUUUUUUCUAUUUGUGAUUCUAAUUAGUUCUCCAUCAUUGCCUGCUUGUUUGCUUGUCCUUUUUAUGGGAGUGUUCAGCUUUCAUAUUUCCCAGCUGAUAAUGGGAUUUGGGUUGUCUUCGGUCGGUUAAGCAAAGAGUUUGCACAGGGUUGGAGUGUUGAAUGGAUGAUGAGUUGGGUGAGUAGGGUUUGAAUGGGUCUGCAUUGGAGUUCCACCACCACGGCAAAUCGGCAAGAAAUAAAGAAUCUGAACAAAUAA